GAGAGAGAGAGAGAGAGAGAGAGAGCAAAUAAAAGUCUACGUUUCUGAUUCUCCUGUCGGUUUUAAGUGUAAUUAUGAGUCAGCGCCAGGUUCUGCAAGUGUUUGAGCAGUACCAGAAAGCGAGGACACAGUUUGUGCAGACAGUUGCAGAACUUGCAACAAGGCCACAAAAUGUUGAAACUCUCCAAAAUGCCGGUGUAAUGUCCCUCCUGAGGCCUCUCCUGUUGGACACAGUCCCAACUAUCCAGCAGACGGCAGCUUUGGCUCUUGGAAGACUUGCCAACUACAACGAUGAUCUGGCUGAGGCUGUAGUAAAGGCAGAUAUUCUUCCUCAGCUUGUCUAUUCCCUGGCUGAGCAGAAUCGCUUCUAUAAGAAGGCAGCCGCAUUUGUCCUUCGGGCGGUUGCUAAGCACUCAGCAGAGCUGGCCCAGGCAGUGGUGGACUGUGGAGCUCUUGAUGCUCUUGUCAUUUCCCUGGAGGAGUUUGAUCCUGGAGUGAAAGAGGCUGCAGCAUGGGCACUGGGCUAUAUUGCUCGGCAUAAUGGGCAAUUGGCUCAGGCGGUUGUGGAUUCUGGGGCAGUUCCUCUGCUCGUGCUAUGCAUCCAGGAGCCUGAGAUUGCAGUGAAAAGGAUUGCUGCCUCUACCCUGAGUGACAUUGCAAAACACUCCCCAGAGCUGGCUCAAACAGUGGUGGACACAGGAGCCAUUGCCCACCUGGCACAGAUGACCCUAAACCCAGACGCCAAACUGAAGAGGCAAGUGUUCUCAGCCCUCGGCCAAAUUUCCAAGCACUCAGUGGACCUGGCAGAGAUGGUGGUGGAGGCUGAGAUUUUUCCUGCUGUGUUGGCAAGUCUGAAAGACCCAGACGAGUAUGUGAGGAAGAAUGUCACCACACUGAUGAGGGAGAUCACAAAACACACACCUGAGCUCUCACAAAUGAUCGUGAACGCUGGUGGUGUAGCAGCUGUGAUCGACUAUCUUGGGGACUCCAGGGGGAACGUGCGUCUGCCUGGGAUCAUGAUGCUGGGUUAUGUGGCUGCGCACUCUGAGAACCUUGCCAUGGCUGUCGUUGUGUCCAAAGGGGUGCCACAGCUGGCUAUUUGCUUGGUAGAGGAACCAGAGGAUCACAUCAAGGCAGCCACAGCGUGGGCAUUCGGGCAGAUAGGGCGACACACCCCUGAACACGCACGAGCCGUGGCAGCAGCAAACGUGCUCCCCAAACUCCUCAAUCUGUAUCUGGACACACAGAGCUCUGAGGACCUGCAAGUCAAGGCAAAGAAGGCCCUGAAGAGUGUCCUUCAGAAGUGCACCUACCUGCCCGCGCUGGAGCCUCUUCUGUAUGAAGCUCCCAGUAACAUCCUCAAACACGUCAUCUGCCAGUUCAGCAAGGUUCUUCCUCAUGACAGUAAAGCACGGCGUCUGUUCGUGACCAGCGGGGGGCUGAAGAAGGUGCAGGAGAUUAAAGCAGAACCCGGCUCCGCUCUGCAAGAGUACAUCAACGCCAUCAACAACUGCUACCCUGAAGAGAUAGUCAGGUACUACUCUCCUGGAUACUCAGAGGCUCUGCUGGAGAGGGUAGAGAGCUAUCAGCCAGCUUGAGAUGGUCUUUUUUGGCCUAGGAACCCUAUUUCCACAAUCCAGUUCAACUUCUGUGUUUUAUUAAAAUUUGUCAUCUAUGGUGAUAUUAUGCACUUUA